CAAGGCCCAUUGUGUAAAUAAUGUAUAUAAGCAGAUGGUUUUGGGAAAAGAGCCAUUCUUCUUCUCCUCUUCUCCUUGAUGACUAUGAGCUGAAUAAAGAGCAUGAAAUUCACUCUCGACUCCGAGUACAUUUCAAGCGCUUUUGGAGAGUUCCUUUGUAAGAUGAGAGCAGGACCAACUACCAGCUAGCCAGCUGCCUUCUUCGGUGUCCUAGCAUACACCUUUGGUAAAAGCCUGCAAGCCUCACACCCUUAAAAAAAAAGUAUUACAACCCCUCUGCUAAACAGGAAGAUGCAGUUCUGAAUCAGAGCAGAGUUGCUGCAACAGCAAAAGGAGCCUGUGAGUCAGAGAUCUGAUAGAGGCAAGCCAAGCCUGAAUUGGAACUGGCUAACUUUCCCCAAAGCUACGACUACAGGCGUGGAACUUCAGCCAGGGAUCGCUGGCAGCGAAAGAUGGAUCUUUUGGGAGUCCUGUUGCUCUUGAUGCACUGCAGAGCCACAACCGCUGCCUCAGCAGGUUAUUUUUGGCACAUCACAGACCUUCAUCUGGACCCGCAGUACAAAGUGAGCUCAGACCCCUUGAAGGUGUGCCCAUCUGCUGGCGCCCAACCAGUGGCCAAUCCAGGGGCUUGGGGAAAUUACUUGUGUGAUGCUCCGUGGAUUCUUGUCAACUCUUCUGUUUAUGCUAUGAAGCAGGUCCUCCCGAACCCAGACUUCCUUCUCUGGACUGGAGACGACACUCCUCAUGUACCUGAUGAGAAACUGGGUGAAGAUACUGUGCUGGAGAUAAUUGAAAAGCUAACCAACCUGAUCAAACAUGUAUUUCCAGAAACUCAGGUCUAUCCUGCAAUGGGCAACCAUGACUUCCACCCCAAAAAUCAAUUUCCAGUUAAAGAGAACAGGAUCUACAAUGAAACUGCAGACCUGUGGAGCUACUGGCUCAGCAACAGCUCUGUGCAAACAUUCAGAGCAGGUGCUUUCUACAGUCAGAUGCUAUCUGGUCUUGGCCCACCAAGGCGAAUGAUUGUCCUCAACACAAACUUGUACUAUGACAGUAAUAAUCAAACCAGCAGCCUGGAAGAUCCAGGAGGCCAGUUCCUUUGGCUGGAAGACACGUUGACCAAGGCAGCAGAAGCAGGAGAAAAGGUCUAUAUUAUUGGGCACGUCCCUCCUGGCUUCUUUGAAAAGAAACGGGGCAAGCCUUGGUUCCGAGAACACUUUAACCAGAGAUAUACCGAAAUAAUUCAGAAGCAUCAUGGAGUGAUCGUGGCACAGUUCUUUGGGCAUCAUCACACUGAUAGCUUUAGGAUGUUUUACAGUAACACAGGUUCUCCCAUCAGCGUCAUGUUUUUAGCUCCAGGAGUAACACCAUGGAAAACAACCUUACCGGGCGUGCACAAUGGGGCCAACAACCCUGGCAUCCGGGUCUUCACCUAUGACCGUGACACCCUGCUGGUGAAGGAUAUGGUAACUUAUUAUUUAAACCUCACACAUGCUAACAUGGGGGCCCCUGAAUGGGAGAAAGAGUACAGCCUGACAGAAGCUUUCCAGGUCCCAGAUGGUUCCGUCCGCUCCAUGCAGCUGCUGGUGGAGAAGCUUGAGAAAGACCAAAGCCACUUACAGAAAUACUACCGGUAUAACUCAGUUCAAUACGACCUUUCGGACUGUGACGACGCCUGCCAGACCGACCACAUCUGUGCCAUCAGGGAGGUCGAUUUUGCAAAAUACCACCAGUGUAUUCAAGCCAGAAGUGCUGCAGCAGUGCCUUCAAUCCCAGGGUUGGGUCUUCUGUUGUUUUGCUGCGUGAUGGGGCUUGUUACUCAGUCUAGGCCUUUGAGAGCCUUGAAUGAACCAAGAUAUGAGCAUGGGCACCCGGCUUCUACACAGAAAAAGCACAGGAUGCAACGACUGCCACAGGCCUCAGCAUCCUAAGGAGAUCACCCUUCUUGGGGUUUGGGUUUGUUUCGCUUUGGCAAACCUAGGCUUGAAAGUAUGCAUACAAAUGGCUGGCUAUUGUAGCUCACCUCCUUGCAUGGGCUCUUGGACUGUCUGAGCACAGGAUUAUGACAACAUCAUUCCAGCAUCAGGCAAGAUCAUUUUAGCAGAAUAAGAAACAAAGCUUAGCGUGGUCUCCUCUCGCAAGGAGUUCCCAAAGGAGUUUUCCAACUGGGGGAAUGGGCAGUAAAAUGGCAAAUGGAAUUCAAUGUAAACCAAGUGUAAAAUGAUGCACAGUGGGGCAAAAAAUGUCUAAUUUCACAUGAAUGCUUUUUUGCUCUGAACUGGCACUGAACAAGUGCUUGGGUCAUAGUAGAUAGCUCGAUGAAGAUGUCCUUGACCCAAUCUGCAGCAGCUUGGGGGGGGGGAGUGAAUUCCAUGCAAGGGGUCAUUAGGAAAUAAAAUUGCCAAUAUUAUACUGUUGUCAUACAAGUCUUGUGGUGUGACUGCCACUUGGAACGCUGCCUGGGGAAAGUUUGGAAAAGAGGAACUGAAAUGAUCACGGGAAUGGAUCUACGGUUACAGUAUUUGGGGCUUUUUGGUUUAGAGAGAAGAGAAAUAAGAGGUGACAUGACAAAGGUGAA